GUGACCUUUAGAAUUAGAAAAAACCUUUCCCCUUACUAGAAAAAAUAGGGCUUAUUACUAAAUAACCGGGAGAGAAAUGCAACUAGGGGAUAAAAGCUGGGUAGAGUGGAGCCUUUUUUUAGUAGCCGAAACCCCAAAACUCUUUUCCAGAGAUUCCAAAAAAUGCAUGAGCUAUGGUAACCACGCCGCAUCCAUCGACUUUUAUACGAAUUUGAAUUCGGAAGUUAAGAAAGCACAAUUCAAGGUUUUUGAACUAGCAGCUUGACCCGGCUUACCUUUAGUAGAAGUCUUGAGUCCGCCAAGCAACUAGCCAGCUAAUCUCUCUAAUCCAUAAGCUAAUGAGUAAGGAAGGAGAUAGAGAUAGAAAACUAAGCCAUUUCCACUACCCGCUAUAGGUUCUUACUCCAAGAUGUAAAGUAAGUUUAGAUUGUCAGUUUCAUUUCGUGAACCAGCAACAGAUCCUACUAUUAGUUUAUGGUCUCUGCCUUUCUUUACUAUGUUCCUAUCUAUGGAUCUCGUGUAAAAAAGGACUUCUCGCUCAGGUACAAUGGCUAGUUGGAAAGCCUUUCAAUUCAAGCCAAUCUCUUGAUUCACAUGAAUGUGAAACCCGUAGCAACCGAUCCUGCAUACCAAUCAUCCGCCGCUUACAGUAAUGGCACUAAGCCAAGGUUUCUAUGGAUUCAGUCCUGUGGAAAAAUACAUAUAUUAGGUAGGGCAAUUCAGUUAGUAGUGUCACCGGUCAAUCCUUGGGACACUAGCGAGUCCGUCCUUAACCUAAAAAUGGGGUCCAUGAAGCCUUAGAUACUCCAAGCCUCAAUCUUUAUUGUCCUUGAACCUAGACCAUGGAAGUAUGGUUAUAGUCCCAUUCCAUUAGUGGGAUCCAUAGCCUACGGGUCUUUCCCAAGCCAGUAAAAGAAGAAUUCGAGGACUACCCUAAGCCUACAAGUAGGCAGGACUUUCAGUUACAAUGUCUAGGUUGGGCAAGCUUGGAUGCCCCUACUCCCAACAAGUUGCUGGUCGGGAUCGUGAAACUAUCGCUGUUUGGUCAUAAGGAUAAUCGUUUUUAUCUUAUUAGGUCAGGGCCUUUCUUAAACCACUAGCGGCCCGGGGGUUACCCGCGAUUGGUAAUGGCAUAACCAGAAGGGGAGUAGGGGAGACAGGGUUACGCGCUGGGUGGCGCAGCGCAUCUGUUUCGGGUACAGGGGCAACGAGGGGUGCUAACCCGGCCACCCAACCCCCCUAAAAUCAUAGGGUCAGGGGCGGGCCGGCCAUAGGUUCGAAUCCUGCCACCUUUCUUGUGGAUCAUCCUGUGGUUACCGGAUGAUGGGAAUAACAAAGCAGAAUUUUUUUUGAAUAAGCACACACAGCACGAAAUGUCAAUAAUAUAUGAAUUGUUUCAUUAUUCGUUAUUUCCGGGUCUUUUCGUUGCAUUCACUUACAACAAGAAAGAACCACCAGCGUUUGGUGCAGCACCUGCAUUUUGGUGCAUUCUUCUUUCUUUCCUUGGUCUUUCGUUCCGUCAUAUUCCUAAUAACUUAUCAAAUUACAACGUAUUAACCGCUAAUGCACCUUUCUUUUAUCAAAUCUCAGGGACAUGGUCUAAUCAUGAGGGUAGUAUUUUAUCAUGGUGUCGGAUCCCACGUUUUUAUGGAUUCCUUCUUUGUUACCGGGGUCGACCCCAAAGCCAUAAUGUCUCAAAACGAGGAGGCCAUAGAGAAGUUUUUUAUUACUUUGUCUCGAACUUCGUGAAGAACUCCAUUCUAUCUCUCCCUCGUUACGAACAAAAAAGUGGGGCUGCGCCCCAGUUGUACACUCCCUUCGUUCUACGAACCCUUGUUGAUUCUGAACUUCGUUCGCGAAGGAACCGGACGUUUGACGGGCCAGCCCUUUUUUAUGCGCCGCUUUACCCUGAAAGGAAAUUGAGCUUUGCUCCUCUAGGUGCUAGGCGCUCCCGUGGUUCGCGAGAAGGAAAAAGAAGGACUCAUCCUUUGUUGCAUCUGGCGCGAGAUGAUAAAGAGAGAGCUUCGUCUAUCGAUGAACAGCGGAUUGACGGAGCUCUUGGCAUUGCUUUGUUUUUCUCUCCUUUCCUAUCAGCGAGUUCCGAUCCUUUUGUUCGAAAUUUCUUCGUUCGUACCGAACCGCUUGCAGAAUCAAAUCCUGUUCCACAAGAUCCUAUAUCAGCUAUACAUCCUCCUUGCAUUUAUGCCGGAGACGUCGCCAGUGCUAUGGCAUUUGGAUUAUGUAGAUCAAAAAUGAUGAACGGGAUUGUGGCACUCCACUCGCCGCCAAUGCGGAAGGAUGCCGCCGAAAAGAAGGGAACGCUGCUUCGCUCCGCUGGAUGCGUCGGAUCCCGUAUAACAAGGGAUCUUUUUAACAACAAAUUCAAACAUGUGGUCGCAAAAUGCUAUCCAGCUCUUUUGUUGCGUAGCAAUAGAAGCCUGCUCAUGCUGCUUUGGCGGCGCUUUUUCGCCUUCUCUUCGCUCUGGACAGGAGCGCUAGUGGGCACGGGGAGGGAGCAGGCGAAGCGUGUCAUUCGUAAUGAACAGAAAGAUACCACUACUUCGCCUCUUUGUUGGAGCGCCGGCGCGAACACAGUGGUCGGGGUGGCUGGUGGUUUCGGGAUCCCGUAGAAAUGCUUCUUUUAUGCCUUGGGUAUUAGCCACAGCUCGUAUUCAUUCCGUAAUUCUACCCCUUCUUCAUUCUUGGAUCUCGGUUCUUAAUAUUGUGACUCUUCCAUGCUGUGUCUCAGGAACCUUUUCAAUACGGUCCGGAUUGCUAGCUUCCGUUCAUAGUUUUGCUACAGAUGAUACACGAGGAAUCUUUUUAUGGCGGUUCUUCCUUCUAAUGACCGGCAUAUCUAUGAUUCUUUUCUCCCAGAUGAAGCAGCAGGCAUCGGUCCGUAGAACUUAUAAAAAAGAGAUGGUUGUGGCGCGAAGUACUCUUGUGUACCUCAUAUAAAAUAGCGUGAGAGAAAGAGAUCUAUAGUCGGUCUCUUUCAAAGCGAAGAACAAAGGACCUUCGACGAUGAAGGAGAAGAAGGAGUAGUGCCCCUCGGGACAAUUCCUUUUUCUUUGUUCUCUGUUCCGUUCCUGAUGUUCAACUAGUCAUUAAUGGUAGGCUUCAUUGGUACUACCCUUUCUUUUUUCGGUAUGCCGCUCCGCGAGCAAGGAGCGAAAGAACCAAGUGGGUUGUGGUCAUGUCAGAAUUUGCACCUAUUCUUAUCUCUUUAGUGAUCAGUCUGCUAGUUUCUUUGAUCCCACUCGGUGUUCCUUUUCCCUUUGCUUCCAAUAGUUGGACCUUUUCUUUCGGUAAAUUUUGUUUAGAUUUCCAAUUUUUAUGUCAGAUUCUCCAAUUAGUUCUUUUUUUACUUUGGCUAUCCCAAUCCAUCGGAGACUUUCUAGUUUUCGCAGCAUGCGAUGGAGUGGUCGGUGCGGAGGGUCCGCCUUCACCGCCCGUUGUGCAGAUUCCGGAAGCACCUCUGGGGGCCCCAGAACUUCACCCCGAACCACCUGUCAUUCCAGUAUUGGACGAGCCUCUCCAGCCAGACGUACAAAGAGAAAGAGAACUUAAAAAAAAGUUCCUACUUUAUACUUUAGGGGAAUUUCCAAGCCUCAAGAGAAUCUCGGAAACUGUCCGAGUGCAAAGCUUGGUUGAAAGACGGAUAGAAGCCGCAUUGGUUCAUCUAGGCUUUUCCCCCUAUAGUAUUUUAAUGAACCGGGAUAAUAUUAGGUGUUUAGUCUUUUAUCAUAAAAAGCGCGCGCUCUCCCUGCGCACAUACCGCACUUAUCUGAAUGAGAUUUCCCGAUUGGGAACCCGGGACACCCGGGCUUUUCAAAGGGUUCUCUGGGCUAUUCAGAGCUCGGAGAUAUUCCUCUAUGCUAUGUAUGAAUGAUCUUUUCUAUUUCAUAGGAGAUCUUGGUCCUUUAUGUUUAGUUCUUGCAUUAACCGGACAUAGCCAUUUUAGUGGUGAUUUGCGUCUGUUGUUCCUUUUUCUUUUCUUCUUUUUUUAUCUCGGAGGAGAUCUCCAUGGAAUUUUAUAUAUUCUUUUUGACGAUUUUGACAAGUCGCUUUUUCAUGUCACCGGAAAUGGUCCUAUGGGAGAUUGCCUUAGUACUAGAACUCAUAUUCCUGUUUGGCUUCAAUUAUAGAGAGAAGAAGGAAAACAACCAACUUCCUAUGUGGGUCUUCUUCUCUUUCAUUCUCCUCUUCCUUCUUCCGAGUUUCUAUAUAUUUUAUUCAGGAGUUUUCCGCUAUAUUAAUUUACUUUUAGUGAUUCUAUUAUCCGCCGCGGGGGCAGGAUGUGUUCACUUCAUGUGUCUCAGUAAGACAGAACGGGGAGAAACAUUAGGAUUGUGGGUUUAUAUAAUCUCGAAUGUUUUUUUGGGUUUCAUUCUUAGAAAAGAAGGCGAGACCUUCCCCAAAAUAACAAUCUGCUUUCUCGUUGCCAUUCUUUGCUUGUUCAUCUUAUUAUGGCUACUAAGUAAAAUAAAAGACCAAACAAUCUAUUCCGUUCUUUCAGAAUCAAAGACCACACUUCGGGGCGUUUUCUUCCCUGCAUUAUAUGUUCUAAAUCGCUUAUUUUUACAUGAUUCUUCUGUGGAUAUGAGCCUUUGGAUAGCUAGCCUCUUUAUUCAAAUUCUCGUUCUUCUGCUGCUUAAAUUCAUCCUUAAAAAGGAAGAUGAAGAUCCAGAUAGAGAAGGAUGAAGGGGAUAAGGUAUAUCUCCCUAAGCGAGUUGGGUCUUCGAAUCCUUAUUCGGGAGAGAAAAAAGUCUACAGGGAGGGCUGACACUAGUAGGCACGGGCCGAAGUGUCAAAAAAUAGCGUUCUGGGGUGUAAAGUUAAGCUGGCGGAGGCCCCAGCUUAGAGUAACUGCCCGAUAAGGUCAGUGAGGUUCCACCAGUAGUGAACUGAAGGAUUUUUCUUAAAGUUUACUACAGGUGGAAGAAGACAGGCGGGAGUGAGCCGAGCGAGAGCAAAGCAAGUUCCAGUGGUGGGCUGUCGGUCUGGUCUCC